UGUUUCCACAUUUCUCUACCACUGAUUUGGGACAGUGAGGAUCUCCCAUGAGAGGGAAAAUGGCUGCAGCUGAAAACUUGCUAAUCGAAGCGACUACUAGCACAAGCAAUAAAAACUCUAGCGAUGAAUAUGACUAUGAGUAUAUUGAUGAAGUGUGCGACAGAGGAAGCACCGUGCAGUUUGGAGCGACCUUGACUCCAGUGGUCUUCUCCUGCGUGGUGAUCCUCAGUCUGUUUGGCAACAUCUUGGUCAUUGUGAUUCUGGCUAAGUAUGAGAAUCUGAGAUCCCUCACCAACACUUUCAUCAUGAACCUGGCUGUAUCAGAUCUCUUCUUCACCGCAUGUCUGCCCUUCUGGGCCUACUACCACAUGUAUGGAUGGACUUUAGGGGAACCUGCAUGCAAAGUUGUCACGUUUGUCUUCUACGUUGGUUUCUACAGCAGUGGUAUACUCCUCAUCAUGAUGACUGCUCACCGUUAUGUAGCUGUCAUGGAUCCUCUGUCUGACAUUGUGUCCACCAAAGGCUUCUACAGUGUCCUUGCAUCUGUGGUCAUUUGGGCAUUUGGUGUGUUGGCCGCCAUUCCAGCCUCCAUCUUCACAAAAGUCCUGGACAAGAACCGCUGCGAAAAUGUGGAUUCAUACUGGACAUUAUGGGGAAUCUACCAGCAAAAUAUCUUCUUCAUACUGAGUUCAGUGAUAUUCAUUUUUUGCUAUUCUCAGAUCAUGUGCAGGCUGCUGCGUCCCACUGCCCAAAGAAGAAAGAACAAAACUUUAAAGCUCAUUUUCACUCUCAUGGUUGUUUUCUUCAUGGGCUGGGGACCGUACAAUAUAGUAAUAUUUCUACAGUCAUUGUAUUUUUGGUCCCAAUCCCAACCACCUGCUGACUCAGACGAUGUGGUCAGAAAUUGUGGAAUAUUAAAACUACUCGAUUACGCCUUUUACAUCAGCAGACUUUUUGCCUUUUCACACUGCUGCCUCAACCCUGUGUUUUAUGUGUUUGUGGGGGUUAAGUUCAAAAACCACUUAGAGAGAAUGCUGAAGAGCUGGGGCGGUAACAAUAACAGCAUCCGCAGUCGACGAAGCCGACUCACAAUCACGUCAUUAACAAGUGGUGAAGAGUUCUCACUGUACAUGACAGAGACAGCAAAAGCGAGACCAUAACUUCAAGGGUCUGUAUCAGGAGAAAGAGAACUUAUACUAAAACCAGCUGUAAUAGUGUACAUACCCUGUUUCCUCAAGCAAAAGCUGGCUGUUAAACAAAAGCCCAGUCUCAAAUAAUGGCAAAUAGUGGCUGACAAAAUAAAGAGCAGCCCCAAAUACAUAUCAGGAAAAAAAUAAGAAGGUGGAUAACUCACUUUACUUUAAGAUAUAAUAAUAGAUGGUGUUUAUUGUAAGUGUGAACAUCUUAAUUACCGUGCAGAUCUCUGAUUAUCCUCUGCAGUUGAUUAUCUCCAACUGAUGAGGAGGAGGCCAUAGUAGGGUAAAGGCAGUGCAAUCAGGAAAUUCUGCAUGAGGGAUCAUAAUGAGAGAGAAUAAAAAAUUACUUUUGGAUAUUUCAGAAAUGUCCUCAUGGCAUCAAUACUGUUUCUCAUAUCCCUGAACUGUCGAGAAUAUACCUGCGCCCAAAAAACAUAAAAUAAAGGAUUAGGCUGUGAAAAUAUGCCCGAGCUGCAACCACUAGGAGGUAAACAUAAAAAUGGUACUGUCCUAAAUUAGUGUCCCUCCUGCUGUAAAAAGCUGAGUCUCUUUCAUAAAGACAGUGCUGAAGUCUUAAAAUAAAUAAAACAAUGUAAAUAUUCCAGAGGAGUCCAUGAACCUGCUCCGGUGACACACUGAAGAAACCACAGAAGCUCAGUAAAGUUAGCUAAAUGUGCUCGCUGUCAGAGGUACAACAUGUACAUCACGACGACAGGUGACAGCGUAUCACUGUUUGUAGCGACAGUGUCCUCAACAAAUGCAAGGACAACUACAGUGUGAGAGGUGUGUGGACGGGAAUGAAGCACAUCACAGGGAUGAAGGGGAAGGACAGGCAGACAUCAGGGAGCCUGGACAGAGCAAACCAGUUUUUUAACAGGUUUAGCUCACCUCCUGCCACCUCUCAGACGCCCCCU